AUGCUUCCCCAGCAGUCUCGUCCGAGCCACCGUGACGUCGGAGCUCACCACUGCAGUUCCAUUCAGCUCCCUGCGACUUUGGCUCGCCCACACUACUCAGAAGUCUCUGCGAGCGCUAUCGAGGCAGUGUCUCCCGAGCUCGCUGAUGUUCCUCCCGAGUACAUCCGAAGGAACCUUCGCUCCGAAGCACCACAAAUGCUAGCAGGAAUAUCUGCUUUGGCGCCCUCCCAUCUUCCCACCAUUCUCCCGAAAAGCCAUCUUCCGGGCAUGUUAUCCGUCCCUGUCCGUUCCUCGUCACCAUCAUCGCGCGUAUUCCCUACCCAUGUGCUGGCCGUCUCUUCUACCAAGACCCCCACGGAGCAGUGCAUGGUAUUCCCGGUACACGCUCUCGUCCUCGCGUCCCACUGCGCACAUCUCCCCGCGAUCCCGCCUGCUCAACUGCAAGGUGGUAGUCAGACGCUAGUCAAGCUCCCCGUUCUUCCCUUUGCCCUUCCCUCGCCGCCGGCAUUCGGCAUCAUCCACAACUUCAUGUACACCCACCGCCUCGAGCCUGUCUUCAGGUCGCUCCUACCUGUCCCAGCGGGAUUCUUCCAAUCCAUCACUCACGAGACGGUCCUCACUACUCUCAAUUCCAAGGAGACAUGUAUGCAGCUGUCCGCCUACCUUUGUUCUCAGGAACAAGGAGACCUGCAGAAGCUCACGACACAUGCUGUGCAUGUCAAGGAGCUCUGGCAGGAUAUGGUCGCUCUGGGUAUUUACAGCCCGGAUUUAUGGGACGCUGUUGACCUCGCUUGGAGAAUUAUCAUUGGCGCGCUUUCCAUCGCCGCUAGGAACGCGAAUUAA